CACAAACAAAAAAAAAUGGGACUGUGCGACUGUGGACUGUGUAAAACUUUUAUAACCUUGAAUAUUACCGAUUUUUUUUCUAUUUUUUCAACAAUUUUAUUCUAUUCAUAUUAUUUUCCAGUGUUGUUGAGGUGUUAUUCUAUCAACAUUCAAGUGGCCUACGUGAUUUAACAACAGGGUAACUAAACCAACAGGAUGGGGGAGGUAGAUUAUCAAAUGGCUCUCCUCCUCCAAUAUAAACUAGAACAAGAACACAAACAUAAAGAAAACACAGACUCAGAUCACAAACUAGCUUUGGAGCUACAACAACAAUUCACAGCUGAGGUCGAGGUGGAAAGACCUGCAAAUAAUUUGGUUUAUAAAGCUCCUAAAAGAGCUGAUAGCUCCAAGUGCCUUACAGACCCUUCCUGGGAAAUUAUAGAUCCUACACCGGAUGUUCAUGUGCUUUUCGAAGCAUUUAAUCAGCGUUUUUUUUGGAACAAUUUGAAUUCUGUCACUGUAGCAUGGAGUAAAAAGAUGACUACUUGUGCUGGCAUUUGUUGUUAUCAAGGAAGAGGAGGUAUGUGCUCUAUUACUCUGAGCGAACCACUUUUAAAACUAAGACCGAGAAAAGAUCUUGUGGAAACUUUACUGCAUGAAAUGAUACACGCCCUUCUGUUUGUCACCAAUAAUAACAGAGACAGAGAUGGGCACGGCCCCGAAUUUCACAAGCAUAUGUAUAGAAUAAACAAAGAGGCUGGUACAAAUAUCACCGUUUAUCAUGAUUUUCAUGACGAGGUUAAGUUUUACCAGCAACACUGGUGGAGAUGUGAUGGGCCUUGCCAAAACCGCAAACCAUAUUUCGGUAUGGUUAGGAGGGCCACUAAUAGAGCACCUGGGGCUUACGAUAGAUGGUGGGAUGAGCACUUGAGGAACUGUGGCGGUACAUUUGUCAAGGUCAAAAACCCAGAAGCUACCAGUGACGCGGAAAAAUCUAACAAGAAAAUAGUGAAACCUACAAAACCAACCAAUCCUAAAGCGGAUAUAAGAUCAUAUAUUACAGCUUCAUCUGGCAGCACAAAUACCCAAACCAAACCCAGCGUAUCUCAACCAUCAAAACCAAUUACCAGUACCCCACAAGUAAACAAACCUAGUACUAGUACCAUAAAAAAUCCUCUACCAAAGAACAUCCAAACAAUAUCAAAUAAUGGUGCUAGUGCUCCACACGUUAGCAAUGUAAUUCCUUCUAAAACCAGCAACAUUUUUGGUUUUACGAAUCUAUCUGGAAAUAGUAGCACUCCAAAGAGACCCGCUGGUGGUACAGCUAUUAAAAAUCCAGGAAGCAGCACUUUUGUUGUGACUAAUAAAGGACGCAAAACGUCUAGUACUGAAACUGAGCAACCAAGCACCAGUGAAAUUAAACCUUUUAGUGGCCAAGGAAAAGUUUUAAGUUCCUCUUCGCAGGAUAAUACUAGAGAUUAUUCAGCUGUAAGAGAUCACUGGUUGAAGAAAUUUGAUAAGAGUAACAGUCCUUCUAAUAAACGUUCAUCGACCAGUGACUAUUGCAGCCCACCAAAGCUUCCAAGAUUGUCCAUUAAUAAUGACGUUGAUAAAGUGGAAUGUCCAGUUUGCUCUAAAAAAUUUAUUGAAGGAGAAUUGAAUGCUCAUUUAGAUAUUUGUUUAAUUUCCUCUAAUAGUAAUGAAAAUAAUUCAAAAGAAUGUUUUGUUUGUGGCGAAAACAUUAGUGAUACAGAUUACGAAAAACAUGUCAGUGAUUGUGCUGCGAAGAAUUUUAGUAGCAACUUCGAUGAUGAAGAACAACCUAAAAAUUGUCCAGUAUGCAAAAAAUCCUUAACUCCCAAGGAGUAUGAUAUUCACGUUGAAAAAUGUAUGUUAUCUAUGUUUGAGAAAUUUGACAAAAUAUCCGACUCGCCACAGUCAGAACCCACAACAAAAACGCCAUGUUUGGCGUGUGGCAAAGACAUUUUAAAAACGAAUCUCGAUGCUCAUUUAGAAGAAUGUAUGGGAAUGAGUAAUGUUUUUGAUACUUCUAAAGUUUUAAUUGAAGAAGAUGAUGGGGAAAAUGCUGUAAAUCGUAGUUAUCAUUGUCCGUUUUGUUUGAAAUUGAUUUUAGAAGAUAGUAUGCAGGCUCAUUUGGAUCAAUGUUUGAAGGCUGGUGACUUAAAAUUUGAACUUUCUGAUACAGACUAAAUUAAAUGUUUGUUUUUGUUUAAUUAAACAUUUCAUAUCUGUGUUUGAGCCUGGCUGUCUUUGAUAUAUAUAUUUUUUUCUAUAUGUGCCUUUACUUUGUUUUUAUUUAAUAUAUUUUUCUCAUUAUAAUA